AUGUCCGUCAAUUGGGUUCUCCUGUCUCCUACCGCAUCCAAGACACCAUACACGCCGCUACCUUCGGAAACCACAGUCCUCACUUCACCACCACGAAUAUCGCUGUCCAUCAGCAUUCCCUCGCACUAUCCCGCCAAACAACAACAACCAUACUCCCUUACCCAUCCGUCUGGAACGGUAUAUCUCACAAAUCGGCGCAUCAUCUACCUCCCGGACAAACCUUCCGCGACUGUGCAGUCUUUCGCCGCGCCAAUCCUCAACCUCCACGAUUCGCACGUAACAGCUCCAUUCUUCGGACCAAAUGCCUGGAUAGCACUCCUCCAGCCUGUCCAAGGCGGCGGGAUUCCAACGCCUAGUGGCGGAGUGGUGGAGUUGAAGUUGACAUUCAAAGAGGGAGGAGCAUUUGACUUCCACACGGCGUAUGAGAGGGUGAGGGAAAGGUUAUUGCAGGCUGUGGAGGUCGCGGGAAUGGAUGGGGAUCAAGCGAGCGGAGCGAAUUCGAAUGUUCAUGUCGCAGGUAUGGAGGAUCUGCCUGUCUACUCGGAGGUCAGUGAUCAGCCACUCGUCAGUCCCGUGGCAAGACCAUUGGAGGUGCCUCUUCACACAGAAGCUCCAAGUGAACCACCUCCGGCGUAUGAGGCACCGGAGACGGAUGAGUUGCAGGGCGAGGUAGAAAGACGGCUUGGGGAGGAGGAGAGGGAGGUCUGGGGGGGAGAGAGUUCAACGACGAGGGCACCAUGA